AUGAUUGACCCAAUCGAUAAAAUUAUUGAAGAAACAUUUGUUUAUAAAAUUGAUAUGCUUCAUAAUCUUUCUUUAUCAUCGAAUGCUUCAAUGAUUCGUUACGCUUUAGCAUAUAAAGACUUUAAUCCUAAUGAAAAAUAUCCUGAGGAAGAGAUAGAAUCAAGUUUUGAAUUAACGAAAAAGUAUUGGAAAUAUAAAAUUGAAUCAUAUAAGAAACAAGAUGAAAAAGCAGAAAGAGAUACUAAAAAUAAUGUUUCAAUGGAUGAUUUUCAAUACUAUCACGAUUUAAUCCUUUCAUCUAAAUGCAAAAUGUGUGGUAAAGCGUUUACAUAUGCUAAUAAACCAACAUUGGAUAGAAUCGAUAAUGAAAAACCACAUACCAAAGAAAAUUGUCGGUUAAUGUGUUGUUAUUGCAAUGUCGUGAAAUCAAAUAAAGAUGAAGAUGUUCAACGUUUAAGAAUCAAUUUAAGAAAUUACGCAUUAAAAAAUAAUUUACCAAUGACUUUAGAUUCAGUUGAAGCUUAUCACAUUCUCCGUAAUGGAAUUACUGGUGGUUUAUCAAAUGUUCAACAUAGAGUAAAUCUUAAAGGAAUCACGCACAUUAAUAAACUUUCAUAUAGUCCAGAAACUAAAACUGUAUCAAAUGAGGACACUUCCAACAUCAUGACUCAUUUCGUUGGUGUGGAUUUUAAUUCAUUAUAUCCUUCAUCAUUUUCAUCUAAUCCUCAUGAUUUCAUUCAAUAUACUGACCAUAAAAUGUAUAUGCCGGGAAGAUUGAAUGGUGUUAUCAUUUGUGAUACAGCAACAAAGAAAGCAAAAGCACUGGGAAUAAUUAAGAAGAAAAAUACUUUAUUCGUGGCUGAAGUAAAGGGUCACAUUGAUGAAAAAUACAUUAAUGAUUACAUAAACUUUUUACCGAUAAUAAGAAACUUAGAUAUUAUCACAGAUGAAAAAACAAUUGGCAGUUUUAUGUAUAAUUACAUGAAAUCAAACAAUCUACCAGUUGACCAGAAACAGAGGAAAUUAACUCAGUUAGCAUCAACACACAACCAAUAUCAACCAUUUUCUUCUUAUUAUCUUUGGUAUCUAAUAGACAGAUUUCAUUUUAUCAUUGAUGAUAUUCAAUCAAUUUUAACAUUUACGAAAAACACUUGCUUUAAUGAAUUUGCGAACAAAUUUAUGAACGAAAGACAAAAGGCUGAAUUAGAAGGAAAUAAAGGAAAAAGUUUAUUUUGCAAGAUUUCGCUUAAUGGAUCAUAUGGUUACGAUGCAAUGAAUACACAAAAUUACACAAAGACUAAAAUAAUGAAUGCACAGAAGGCACGCGUUGCAUGUAUGUCAAAUAAGUUUAAAAACAUAAGAGAAAUAGGUGAAGAUACAUAUCAAGUGAUGCUCAAAGAUAGAUUUUAUAGAUGUGAUACAUGUUUACAAGAGGCAUUCUUCACUUUAGAUAACGCAAAAUACUGGUAUUUAGUUUUCAUUUAUGAUUUUAUGUAUAAAUGCAUGGAUGUUAAUCGUUUUCAUUUCAUUGAAGGUGAUACUGAUUCAUCUUAUUGGGCAAUCGCUGGCGAUCCAAGUCUUCCUAACACUCAAGCAUUUCAAGCAAUUGUUACCGAUAAACAAUUUUAUGAUAAAAACAUUUUCAAAUUCACACCAUUUGAUUUCUUCUGUUUUGAUGAGAAAUUUAAACCUAAAUUAAAGAAUAAAGCUGAAGAAAAAGCACAUGAGAAGAAGUUAUUGGGUUUAGCAAUUGAGAAACAAGGUGAUAACAUGGUUGCUUUAUGCCCUAAGUGUUAUACAUCAUUCAACGGUUCAAUUGAUGGAAGUGAUUUUAAAAAGAUUGCACAAAAAAUGAAAGGUGUUAGUUUACGACAAAAUAAACAAUUAACACCUAAAAAUUAUUUGGAUAUAAUAAAUGAUAAAGUUAUUUUCGAUGGUCAGAAUAUUAAUUUACAACUUAAAAACGGGUCAAUGACUCGCUUAACAAUCGGUAAGACUGCAUUAACAGGAGCACACACUAAGGCUGUAUGUUGUGAAAAUGGAUGUUGUAUGCCAUUUAUUUAA